AUGUUUUUAAAUCUAGUUAUCCUAUAUUCCGUGCACAAAAACCAACAUAUUCUAUCAUCAACAAAACGAAAAUCAGAACUCUCGAUAAUCUAUCAAAAUUGCCCGAUUUUCCUGAUGUUUUCAUUGAAAAUCAUCGGAAUUCUGAUGGUUUAUUUGACAAAUUGGAUUGAUUUGGAAUUUGUUGGUCCGAUUAUUUGUAUGGAAUAUAUGUCACUUGGUGAAAUAUUUCCAAUGACUUAUACGGUUGCGAAUUUUAGAAGAAUUCGGGAAUAUUUAUUGUGUUGUUGGAAAUCGAAAAUAUCUAUAAAUCAAGUGGAACCAAUGACAACUAUUCCCAAUUCAUGA